AUGGCCUGUGCUCAGCCCCGGGUUGAUAUCAGGGCUUACCUUCGGAUCCGCAGCCUCCUGGUCCGACAGUGCCUGGCAGAGUUUCUCGGUGUGUUUGUGCUCAUGGUCAUCACUCAGGGGGCAGUGGCCCAGGCUGUCACCAGCGAAGAAACCAAAGGCAACUUCUUCACCAUGUUCCUGGCCGGCUCCCUAGCGGUGACAAUUGCCAUCUACGUGGCUGGCAAUGUCUCAGGAGCCCACCUGAACCCGGCCUUCUCCCUGGCUAUGUGUCUCCUGGGACAACUCCCCUGGGCCAAGCUUCCUGUUUACUCCUUCGUGCAGCUGCUGUCUGCUUUCUGUGCCUCAGGAGCCACCUAUAUUCUCUACUAUGAUGCUCUCCAGAACUACACAGGUGGGAACCUGACCGUGACAGGUCCCAAGGAGACGGCUUCCAUUUUUGCCAGUUAUCCUGCUCCUUAUCUGUCCCUGAACAAUGGCUUCCUGGAUCAGGUUCUGGGCACUGGGAUCCUGAUUGUGGGACUCUUAGCCAUCCUGGAUAGGCGGAACAAGGGAGUGCCAGUGGGUCUGGAGCCUGUGGUGGUGGGCUUGCUGGUCCUGGUCAUUGGACUGUCCAUGGGCGUUAACUGUGGCUUCCCACUCAACCCUGCCCGGGACCUGGGCCCGCGGCUCUUCACUUACAUGGCUGGCUGGGGCCCUGAAGUCUUCAGUGCUGGUAAUGGUUGGUGGUGGGUGCCUGUGGUGGCCCCUCUCGUAGGAGCCACCCUCGGUACAGCCACGUACCAGCUGAUGGUGGCCGUACAUCACCCCGAGGACCCAGAGCCAACUCAAGAUGUCCUAUCUGCUCAGCACAAGGCCCCAGACUUGGGAACUCUUGCCUUAGCUCCGCGGGAGUAUCGGACCACCGGGAACGGGAGGAUGAUGUCGGGCUCCUACUUGCCCCGCCCAAGCCUGUCUCAGGAGCUCCAGCCUCUGGACCACUGGGCACGCAAUUGCUAA